AUGUCUGCAGGCACUUUACCUCUUGGCUCAGCUACUAAAGGAAGCAAUAAUCACCCAUUGAUUAACUCUCCUUGUGAUGACUUCAGGCGAGAGAAUGAUAAGUUAAGCAAGGACAUUCCUCCUCAUAAGCCUUUACGUGAUGUAAACCAGAUACUCUCCAUUCUUCAGAGACCGACUGUUACAGAGACAUGUUUUGAUAAUAACCUGAAAACGUCAAUGCCAUCAACGGAAGUACCUCCAGAAUCUGAUAUGAGCAAAAACGACAUAAUGGAGUCUGUUUCAUCGAGAGGAACAUCUAAGAAUUCACUUCCCCAACAGUUUAUGGUUCGAGAAUCGUCGACAACGACUCAUCUAAGCGACCCUCCGAGUUUUGACCUCGGAAUUUGA